AUGCUGUCCUCAUCAUACGCACCAGCACCAAAAACAAUCACCAGAUCACGCACUGGCUGUGCCGUCUGCAAAUCCAAGAGACUCAAAUGUGAUGAGUCCAAGCCCGCGUGUUCGCGCUGUGUGAGACUGGGUAUCCCAUGUCCUGGGUAUCAAAAGCCGCUGCGAUGGAAAGCUGGCUCCAAGUCUCCGAAGGAUGUCGCGGAAACGCCUAGGAGCGACGUCACUGCUGAGCCGCAGCCGAGCUCGGCAUAUGUGCCUUAUCAGACUCAGCCGGCUGAGCAGUUUGUUAACAAUUUCUAUGAUCCGGAACUCAUGGAUCAACUCAACGAAGCUAUGAAUCCCGGAUGUGUCGAUACACAAGGCCAGGAAACGCUAGAUGCCGCUUUGCCUCUCAUGCAAUUCCCGGAUGACGUGUUGCAGCUAUAUCCGGAACAGGCGCUUGGACAGACACCUGAUACCAUAGGUCAAGGGUCUACCGAUGAGAGACUUUGGCCUGUCGCUACCAUGACUCCAACACAGCACAUUCCGCCAGCGCAAGUGACUUCACAAGCCUUGACUAGACAGGAGCCUCAAAACCAAACCGUCGAGACUGUUGGCGAGAUGCCUUUGGCUCAUGCCCUUCAGGACUAUUCGUCUGUCUUGGUAGAGUACUAUUUUAAAGAGGUUUGCGGAAUGAUGUCUUGCUAUGACAGCCCAAUGAACCCAUACCGAACUACCAUCUCGAAUAUGUGGUCUGGAUCUCAAUCACUUUACUACAUCACGCAAAGCAUGGCAGCUGCUUGUCUAUCCGAAGUAUCACCGAAUUUCACUCCCGUCGGCCGCCAGCUUCGAGAUCAAGCUAUGAUCUGUUUAUCACGAGAAGCUAAGAUUGCUCAACUCGAGACAUCAUCUUUACUUGCUUUAGUCAUGUUGGGGAUGAGUCUGUCGUGGCAUGAUCCCAGUAGUCUUGGCCAACUGCAAUUCGACGUUCUAUCCCGAAUGGUUCAGUCCGCCGAAGCACGUGGCGAUGCCCUAGCAGUCGCCGACAAGAAGAAGGAGUUCUUCUUCUAUAACUCGCUUGUUUACUGGAAAAUGCUGCUUUCCUUCGUCACAGACGUGGAUUCAAGCACUAGACAUGUUCAGCCUCAACCAGCGCCUCCAGAAUGUCUUGACUUACAAGAACCGCGCAUGCCUCACCCGCAGACAGGAAUCGGUAUUGAAGUUCAAGAACUCGUUGCCAAAGUUGGAAGUCUUGUACGAAAGGAACGAAAGAGGAUUCGUUCAAGGCGAUUUGUGUCUCAAGAGGAUAUACAUCGUGCUCAAGAAGCUAUGAUUGCCUCGGACCAGCUGCACUCUGAGUUAUGCGCAAUUCGGCUUCCAACAGAGAACGACAUUGUCGAUGCUGGUGACGACAUGACUCCGGCUAACCAUCUAGUCAGCAUUGCUGAAGCUUAUCGAUGUACAGGCUUGCUUCAAUUGUAUCGCAACUUUCCGGAUCUUCUGUUGCCUUACAUACAAUCUGGAAGCCCAAACAACCAAGCGUUCCAGUCAGGAUCUCCAGAUGCUGCGAAUAAUUACCCAGAUGAUAGAACAUUGGCAGAUACGUGGUUGACGUGUCUAGCUCUCCACGUGCUAGACCUAGUCAAGGAUAUCCCGACUACGUCUAGAAGCAGAUCUAUUCAACCACUUCUAUUUGUUAGUAUCUGCAGCGAGAUGUCUUUGAACAGAUCAUAUUGCGGGAUUUCGAAUUUACAGCAACCUCCAGUGGCAAGCAUCGCGACUAGCACAAGGUUCAGAGUGCCUCUGGCUGGUCUUGAUGUACUGCAAGCCAGAAAGACUAUCAUUUCACGACUUUCUGCCUUUGAAAACAUUUUGGCGGCAAAGCCUAUUCGCCAGAUGCUGACGCUCGUUAAGAAGACGUGGUCUUGCAUGGACGAGGAGAAGCAGGAUGUGUAUUGGAUGGAUGUCAUGAUGGAGAAUGGGUAUGAGACUUUGAUGGGGUAG